AAAACAUUUGAUCAGUUGAAGUUAAUCUGAAUGAAUUCUGACUCCAACAAACUCAAACUGAUCAAACUUGAAACUGUCUUGAUCAAGUAACAAGUUCAAACAAGUUAUGUUUUAUUUAAAUUAUCAUGACUUAUGACUUAUCAUGCAUCAUUAAACUAAUUAAAGAAGCAUUGACAGGCUAUGGUCUAAUUAUCUUUAAUUGACAAUAUGGAAAAGUCUCAUAUCAAUAAAGCAACUAGUGCUGAUGAUCAGGGAGAGCCAGAUUUUUAUUCCCAACUUUAUGAUGAUGCCUGGAGAUCUGAGGACUCAGAUGGGACCACACUAAGUGAAGUUCCAGCUGAUUACUUUGAUAACAACCACACUGAUGUAGCUGGAGGUCAGAACAAUGACCUGGUCAGUAAUGUCAUCACUGAAGUGUCUCUAGACUUUCUCUCAGGAAGUCGUGCUGCUAUAACCCUGCGACGACUGGAUGACAGUGAUGACUCCCAGACAUCCUCAGACUCUGGAAUCAAGACUAUUCCCAUCAGCAAAGGUUCCUACGCCAAGUAUCCAGAGUCCACGGCUGGGCUUUCAGACAAUGAUUGGAAUCCAUACGGUACCGAGUCUGACUCAAAUAUUACACCACGUGUUGCUAGUAACAAUGAUGGUAUCGUCAAACCAAUGAGCUUGAGAGGAUCGUUUCCUCUGUCCUUUAGUCCACAGAUGAGCAGUACCGCUGUAGUCAAAUCUGUCCCUGCCCUUGAUUUGUUAUGGGACAUGAGUGACAUCUCUGAAACCGCAGAAAGCAACACACAGUACACUCUUAAAUCAUAUGCAUCGUUAGAUUCCUCUGUAACUUCCGAAGCCACUGACCCCCUCGUUAAAGACAAACAGGGCUCUGCAUAUGGAUCAGAGGACCUCAAUAAAACUUUUAGAAAGGAAGAGCUCUAUGCUAAAACAGAUAGCAUUAAACAACAAAAUAGUAGACUUCAUGUACCAGGAGAAGAUAAUCAAAGUCAAUAUUUAGAAAAGGGAGUUAACUCCAAAGUUUCUAAGAAUCAUGCCACCAUGGCUGUUGAUUAUGACUUGCUACAACGUGACUUACAGGAAAUACAAGACAGUCUCCAGCGAACACUUGGCCCUGAAUCUAAACAAAGACCACAACACCUGCCAACAGAUGCAGACAGCACUAGAUCGUCAGACUGUGAAAUCAUCCCCAGCACCACUGCCACUCCAGAGAAGCCCCAACCACUAUGGGAUAUAGUUCCUUCCAGUGUGCUAUUUAAGAGUAGGACUGUGUCUGGAUUGCCCCCAAGACAGAAGCCCUACGGCUACAGUUCUGAUGGUGAUGAGGCUCAUACCUCAGGAAGCAGUGACAAAAUGGAGGACCAUUCCGAGAACAACGGGAUAGACUUCUAUCGCUCAAAUCAAAACGUAGCUAAUGGAAGAGAUACAAGCCUUAUAUCAACAGACCUAAGCAAGCAGACGACCUCGUGCAGACCUCCUCUCAAGUCUCCAGACAGUUUAGCUCUAGCAGAAAAAGUUUUGCGGAUACUGUCCCAGGAAGACCUCGAUCAUCAUGUGACUGGCAUCCUGUCUGAUGCGACGUCAAAAGAUUUAAAAUCCAAAUAUUCGUUCAGUUUACAAAACAGCUAUUCAUUUUCUAACGAUGUCGAUGACGCAGGCAUGUUUGAAUUGGGCGCGAUUCGCAAAAAACUGGAAUUGUCUGACAUGAGCUCAAGUAAAGUCUCUGUUGGUGAGCCUACAUCCAAAAUGUCUGGUGUGGAUGAUAUGACUCAGUUUGCCUCCAAACAAAUGUUAGCAGCAUGUGAGAAGUCUUUUCUUGAAAGUCGUGAUAUUAGACUUCCUCGGCAAGUGAUUCAGUGCUACCCAGUCUUGGGUGAUCACAAUCCUAACCUCAACCUUGAAGAUGCUGGUUCAAAGUUGCAAACUAACAGUGCUUGUCAACCAGAUAGAGGGGAUAGUACUCACGGAGUAUCUGCACAUACCGCUGAUGUGAAAAGCAAUGAGAAUUCUAUGCCAUUACCCAGCGCUGGAGAAGGAAGUGAUGGCGCCGAAGCACACCCAGUCUUACUGAGCCAACAAAAGAACAACAAUCAGUCUCAAGACAAUAGCCCUGUGUCAAGUGACUCGGACUGCAAUUCAAGCAGAUGGAAAGAUAAAUACAGACCUUAUAAGCCUCCAGGGUCCAAACAAGUCUACUACACUGAAAGUGAUGCUGUAUCAGUAGCUGAUAGUGUCACUACAGUUGAAAGCAGCCACUUUGGUUCAGAUGAUGCUAAAGGACCAUUUCUUCCUGCAUCAGUCUUAGGGAGCAGAGCAGAUCCUCCCACGACUGCUGGUAUAUACAGCACCAGGAAAUCUAACGAUACUACACAGCCCACUCAGACUCUAGCUUCUAUACCAGAAAAGGCAAACUCUGAUGAGCAGGAGUCUGAAGGCAAGAGAGGAGCAAGCAGCCAAUCAGAUGCAGCCUCCUUUACCAGAUCUGUGUCCAAUCAAAGUGACAGGCAGACGCAGCAAAAGGCAGCAAGUGGUGCUGAAGAGAAGAACUCUGUUUCUGGAGCUGUUGGGUCAAGAAAACUGGACACUGAACAGCUGCAAGCACCAGAGGAAUUUGUCAUCAGACAAGGUCAACCCCAAAUAAUAAGGGGAGGUCAGGGUCCAACAUUUGAUAAAACGGAUACUUCUAAAGCCAGAACUGGGGAAACUCUUGGCAGACGUCUGCUGUUGGAAAGGCCGGAAGUACUGGAUGAAAAAAGGAGAAAAAACAGAAGCAGACAUUUUGACUUUGAACUUAACAGCGGCCAAUCUAGACAUGUGUCUUACAGGAGCAGGUUCUCCCAAGAUGGAUCUCAAGCUGAUUCAACCUCAAAGGUCAAUAGUUCAUCAAUCAGAGAUCCUUGCAUUUCUGAAGCCUUUCAUCGGGCUCUAUCUCCGGAACUUUUACAAUCUAUUGGACGCCGUUCUCCUCUCCUAGGCAGCACAAUAGAGGGAUCUUUAGCUCAGCCUCCAGCGUUAAGCAGACCAAGCCAUGAUACGUUUUCGACCCAGAACAGCAGACCAACGACCAGAAGUAUCCCUGUGCCUCCAACCUUUUUAGCCAGGGACAAAAGUCGUGAAAGGUCACGGAGAGAUGAGGAGCUUGCCGAAAGCAGACGCUACAUUUCAAAGGAAGAUAAAGAGAAGCCAUUCAUCCAAGGGCAGGGAAGGAGACAAGCCUGGGAUGACAGAGACCUUUCAGUUGAGGCACCAAAUGACCAUCAAGAACACGGGCAUGGACCGGUCAGCUCCGAUAACUGGGCCCGAGAGGCAAAAUCCUCCUCACCCUUGGGCACAUCCCAAGAACCGCAACCAAGAAAGCACGCUGAAAUAGGUGAAUUUCAAUCAAGACUGAAAGAGAGCGGAAAGGCAUUUGUUGGAAGGGGUGUUGAAUUAACUCUGGAUGGAAUGAGUACAGAUAGCCAGGAUACAGAGCUAGACCAUGAGCCAGUCAGCCAAAGAGCUAAGCUGUUGACCCAUGCAUUGGCCCAAGACACAGAGUUUCAUAUGCCCCAGGAUAUUGACAGGCUUUGGGAGAAGUUUCUGGCUGCUAAUCAGUCAGUGGACAGCACAUUAGACAGCGCUAGAGUAGAGGAUGUGGCUGACCUCCUAAGGAAUCCUGCCAGGCAUCUGAUCUCUAAAUACAUGAGAGAGAGAGAAGAGUAUCGCAUCCAGAGGCUAGAGAGAAGUGAAAUGGAAAUGGAAAAGAAGAGAAAAGAACUAGAAAAACUUGGACAUGGCCGCUCUAAAAGCAAACCUGUCUCCAAAACUUCAGUCAAAAAAGCCUCAUUAGCUAACCAAAAAGACGGAAAUAUACAAAAUGGAGAUGGGGUGUCUGAAAGGUUGUUCUCAAUUAUUGAAGAUGCCAGUUUUGAGCAAUCCCCCGGCAAAACUGAAUCAUCGCUAAAGCAGAAAGUGCCGAGACAGCAGCAUCUUAUUGAUCCAGACAUGAUGAAACUAAGAGACCGCAUCACCAAUCAGCGCAGAAAUGCUGAAAAAGAGGCUCAGAGAAAGCAGCAGAAGCUGGAGAAGCUGAAAAAGCUUGAGCAUUUGUUGAUAGCCAAAAAACAAGGGAAGAUAAGCAACCACACUUUUGACAGACACUUGGAAGACAUUUCUUUGUCCAGCUCCGAUAAAUCAGAUUCAAGCCUGAGCUACAACGCAGAUUCAAAGAUUCCAUCAGCCAAUCCAAAAUGGAAGGACAGUGGGGACACUACACCGCUGUCCAAUGAAAGCACCACAGUGAAGGACAGCAGCACUGAUAUGUUGAGCUGGAAUGCUGAAAAGAUGAAAAGACUACAAUCAGACAAACCCAAGAAAUCUAAAGCUCAGCAAAAAGAAAUGGGGAAAGACAAAGGACGUCAUGCUCAUUAUGACCAGCGAAAGUUGUUUCAACUUGUCAGCGAUGGCUACUUGACACCGGACGAAGCAUAUGAACUGUGCUUUCAGAGAAACCACAGCAAUGUUGAUCUGGGAAGUGAAAGUUCAAAGGGAUGUAAUAAUGACAAAAGUUACAACAGCUCUAAGCCACAUCAACUCUACUCCCCAUAUACGAGGAAUCACAAACAGAUGUAUCAACAACAUCCUGUUCCGAGGCUGAAACUUUCUCCUCGUGUUGAUCUGAAGCUACAGAGUAAAAAACAUCAGCCUUCAAGCAGCACUGCUGAGGUAGCAGCAGCCAUACAUUCCAGAAAUUAUAUUCAGUCCAAAUCUUCAAAACCAUUCCCUCGUGAAAAAUCUUUUGAGUCUCCAGACGAAGAAAGCAGCAGAACAAUACUCUCUGAUGAUGUCAGCUCUAUCCACGAUGACAGGCAGUCAUGUGAGACUUCUGACAGUUUGCAGGAGUUUUCUUUCCAGCCUAACUCCCAUAAGUAUCCACCAGCAAAACAGUCCUUCAGGCAGGACCUUCGAGGCUCGCACAGAAUAAACAAACAAGAUGCUAGGAGAAAGAAACAAGGUCAAAGUGCGUCAGAGAAUGAACCUCCACAGUUUCUACCUAAGAAAGGAAUAGCAUGGCAGAUACCUGUGAGUAAAGAAGCUCAACAAGAAACAAAAUCUAAACAUCCUGUGUACCAAUCCAAGGUUCAGCCUCUUAAGGAAAGACCAGGUUUUAACAACCCACAAGCUCUCAAGCCCCACCCAGACUUACUAGUGGGUAAACCCAGAAGUGAAAUCUCUAUUUGGGAGACAAAAGAUCAUCCUGAGGGAAUUCCCCGAAAGCUGUGGGAAAAGGUUGUCCAACAUGACCCACUAGCCAGUAAAAUCAACCAUUGGGAGGUUGACCCACUGAAAGACAAAGUGCAGUACAUACUGGACAGACAGAUAGGGGAAGAUAUGCAAGCAUCUUCUGACAAAACUGGACAGGUCUUAUCACUGCAGGAUUGUUUCUUGUCCAAGAAGCAAAGUUUUAUUUCCAAAUGUCGAGAGAGACAAAAGCGUAUAGCACUGGCGCGUGAAAACAGACACUUCCAGGAAUGUUUGCGGCUGGAAAGAGAGGCACUGUUUGGAGAACAAGACCGAGGAGCACCAUCCAAUCUAUUUGCUCAUCCUUACAGUGAUAAUCUGUUCCAACCUAAGCGAAGAGUAUUGACAAAACAAGAGAUGAAGGAAUUGACAUCUAAACGGUACAAGAAACUUCCUGAAGUCUUGGAGAAACAAGCCAACAGUAAACGCAGCGAAGAGAUGAAGACUAAUAGACUCAGACUGAAACUUUUCAACAGGAAAGUUCAAAGAGAUUCCAGAGCCAAAUACAGUCAAAGAUUACACCAGUGAUGGCGACAGUGGAGCCCUGGCCACGGAAGUCAAAAACAAGUUUCCUGAUGAAGACGAAUGUAUACAAGCCUGAUUAAUAUGCUAAAAUUUGUAUCCACAAAUAAUACAGUAGUUCUAGAGUUUUGUUUUAUUUACAAAAUUAUAAAAUUAUUAUUAUUUUUUUUUAAUCUUUUUAAUUUUGUCCUCUCUCAUUAUGUUAUUGAUACAAUCAAUAUUGCUGAAGUAAUUAAGGGUUCCUUCGUUAGGUUAUUUAUAAUAUUUAUGGUGGCUCAUUUCUGUGUUUUUAUUGUGCACUUUUAGAUGCAUUGAUUCAAAAGUCUUAUGCAAUAUCUUGCAUUUGUUCCAUUCAUUUUUCUUACUUAAUAUAAUUUCAGUUUUUUUAUUUUUUACCAACUGGGCUAAGUAGAAAUAAAAUGAAUGUCCUUGGGCCUAUUUAUUUUUUUAAAGCUUUUCUAUAGACUCAAAGAUUGACAGGGGAAAAAGUUACACAAAUUUUACUAUUUAAAGCUUAGACAAAAAUUUUAGAUUGUAAAGCUUCGACAGACAUUGGAAAUAGACCUUGUUUACAUUGAAAGCUACUUGCAUCUUGGAUUAUUUCAAAAUAGUAUUGACAUUAUUACCAUGUAUAAUAUAUUUACUAUUGUUUUUUGUAUCAUUACAUUUAUUUAUUUAUCUUGUAUGUGAUCCGUCCACACUAUUGGAGCUUACUGUAAAGAUAAUUAUCUUUAUUAGAUGAGAGCUCCAUCAGCACAUGACUUUGAUAUUUGUACUUAACCUAAAUUAGAACACAAGUAAUAAAGUUUUUCUUAUCUGUUGUUUA